AUUGAGACGUGUGCUAUUCCCAGAAUAAUUCAGCGUAUCUGAACAUUUCGACGUUGGAGAUGACGAAUUGAGCGUGUUUUUCCCAUUAAAUAUUUAAAGACGCACCUUAGUAGUUCUUGGAUGCAGUAAACUGCAAGAGUGAUAUAACGAAUUGGAAUUUGGAUCGCGCAGUUUUCUUCUUUGGAAGAUAUGAGAGUUAUAGCGAUCGAACCGGUUUUGCUUUCUCUCUUUGUAUGGAUUUUUCUCUCCUUUGGAAGGGCAAUUCCAAAUCAAUCUUCGAUUUGCAGACAGCCUAUGGGUAAGAUUUAUCUGUCACUCCUUAUUUUCUGAAGUAACGUCUCAAUCGUUGCAGCUUUUUAUCUUACAACGUGCACGAUUGCCGUUGUAACGCAAGAACGAGAUGUUUUUAAAUUACUUCGGUUCAAAUGGUUUAAACCAAUUUUCCUUUCUAUUUUCCUCGUGAAAGACGUUUUUCAAUGACGGUAAUUUGCGCUGAUAAAAGAAAAAAAUUAAGCCAGAUUAAAGUCCUUUAGACUUGAAAUUCAUUUUAAACUUUGAUCGGGAAAACUACCGCACAAUUUUUUUCUACGUUCUUAUGAAGUACUAUAGAGACUCACGGAGUGCCAAGACACUACAUUGGGCAGCUUGUAUGUUACAGUUAUAAAUAAUUUUCUUAAGCUACUGGAUAGCACAUUCUGUUUAUCCGACAUGAUAUGAAAAUUUUCGUAGCUUCGUAAUAACAAGUUAACAACAUCAAGUACCUGUUAGUGUCUUAGAAAGAUUUUCGCAACUGUGUAGUAUUCUUUCUCAAUAGUGUUGGUGGUAUUUAUUUAAUGCAUGAUUUACCCUAUGGAUCCUUUCCCUCCAUGUUUUUAUGGGAAUUAAUGUUGAGGUGUUGCCAAAGUAGAGCACUCCAAGCUGGAGUCAGUUUUGUUGCCAUGGCGAGUUGGAAAAAUAAUAUUAGUAACUAGUUUACAUUUGGCAGUCAUGUAAAUAGGUGUACUCUUCUCAUUACGUAGAGUUUAAAUUGGUCUGAAGUUGGAGGAAUGAUUAAUAUGAAUUAAGUUUGCUAAAGGGCAACCUCAGAGCUGGGGACCCUAAGCAAAGAGGAUAAUGUAUAAAUUAUUCAGGUUUUGAUUUUUCUCUAAUCUUUACCAGACAUUGGGUCAUGUCGACAGGCAAUCCCAAGAUGGUAUUACAAUGCCACUACAAGAAAAUGUGAAAAGUUUAUUUUUGGGGGAUGCGAUGGCAACAACAAUAACUUUGAGACUAAAGAUGACUGUAAAAGAAAUUGCACAGGACCAGAAGGUAGGUUGUCUGUAUGAGUAAUACAAAAUUAUAUCAGGUGGGUUUUGUAGUUUAUAUUCCUCAAUCUUCCCUUCCACUGGAUAUUUUAUUAUGAUACCACUAGACUUUUGUUUAGAGGCAUCUCUUAUUAUCUUCACUAAUGCAAAAUACAUAGCACAUGUAUUGCUAAAGUAAACCUUUCUCCUCUCCUUGACGUAUUUGUUAUUAGAGAUAUGAUCAUUGUUAAUAGAAUCAGCAAUCUGUUUAGUAUCAUUAUACCAAUUUGUAUGACAUAUAAAGUUGCAGGUUUUUCAAGACAAGAAACGAAUACUGGAACUGGGAUGACUGGAAAAGGAAACAGAUUGGUGGAUAAAAAGGGAGCUGGUAAACCAUUCCAAUCAUUGCAAGAAAAAGGGAAUCUUAAACUAAAGACCAGAAAUGAUGAAAACACAGAGUCAGUCAGCCAACAGUCUACUGGCCCUGAAGAAAAAAAGGAUCUGAUGCCUAAGUUGGGUAAAGGGGGAAAUGCAGGUUCAUUCAGUAAACAGUCUCAAGGACCUAAAGACAAAGAAAAAAUUGUGCCAAAAUCCAGUAAAGGUGGGAGUACAAAUUCACUGCCUCAAGCAUUUCAGAAAGGAGAGAAUCUUACAGUAGAGUUAAAAAUUAAAAAUGGAGGUAAUGAUUCUCUUAACGAGCAGUCCCAAGCAUCUAAUAAAGAAGGGAAUCAUAUGACUGGAUCCAGUAAAAAUGAAAGUAUAGGUUUAGUCGAUGAACAGUCUCAAGCAUCCAAUGAAGAAGGGAGUCAUGCAUCUGGAUCCAGUAAAAAUGAAAGUGCAGAUUCAGGGAUUAAACUGUCCCAAGUAUCUGGAAAAGAAGGGAGUCGUACAUCUGGAUCUAGUAACAGUGGAAGUGCAAAGUCAUUUGAUGAAAAAUCUCAAGUUUCUCAAGGAGAAGGGAAUUCUAUGUCCAUGUCCAAUAACAAUGGUAGUACAGCUUCAGGGAAUGGAAAAUCCCAAGUAUUUGAAGAAAAAGGGGAUCUUACAUCUGGGUUAAAUAAAAAUGGACAAAAAGAAUCAGUCAAUGAAAAGACCCAAGCACUCAAAGAAAAUGGGAAUCUGAAGCUCCAGUCUGUUAAAGCUGAAAGUGGUAAUUCAGAAGAAGAGAAUGCUGUGCCCCAGUCUCAUGAAGGGGGAAAUGCAGAUUUAGUCAAUGAACCAUCCUCAGCAGCUAAAGAAAAAGAGAAUGCUAUGUCCCAAACUCCUAAAAGGGGAAAUGCAGAUUUAGUCAAUGAACCAUCCUCAGCAGCUGAAGAAAAAGACAAUGCUAUGCCCCAGUCUGUUGAAAGGGGAAAUGCAGAUUCAGUCAAUGAAUCUUCCUCAGCACCUAAAGAAGAAGAGAAUGCUAUGCCCCAGUCUCAUGAAGGGGGAAAUGCAGAUUCAGUCAAUGAACCAUCCUCCACACCUAAAGGAGAAGAGAAUGCAAUUCUCCAGUCUCAUGAAAGGGGAAAUGCAGAUUCAGUCAAUGAACCGUCCUCAGCAGCUAAAGAAAAAGACAAUGCUAUGCCCCAGUCUCUUGAUAGGGGAAAUGCAGAUUCAGUCAAUGAAAAGACCCAAGCACUCAAAGAAAAUGGGAAUCUGAAGCUCAAGUCUGUUAAAGCUGAAAGUGGUAAUUCAGAAGAAGAGAAUGCUGUGCCCCAGUCUCAUGAAGGGGGAAAUGCAGAUUUAGUCAACGAACCAUCCUCAGCAGCUAAAGAAAAAGAGAAUGCUGUGCCCCAGUCUCAUGAAAGAGGAAAUGCAGAUUCAGUCAAUGAACCAUCCUCAGCAGCUGAAGAAAAAGACAAUGCUAUGCCCCAGUCUGUUGAAAGGGGAAAUGCAGAUUCAGUCAAUGAAUCUUCCUCAGCACCUAAAGAAGAAGAGAAUGCUAUGCCCCAGUCUCAUGAAGGGGGAAAUGCAGAUUCAGUCAAUGAACCAUCCUCCACACCUAAAGGAGAAGAGAAUGCGAUUCUCCAGUCUCAUGAAAGGGGAAAUGCAGAUUCAGUCAAUGAACCGUCCUCAGCAGCUAAAGAAAAAGACAAUGCUAUGCCCCAGUCUCUUGAUAGGGGAAAUGCAGAUUCAGUCAAUGAAAAGACCCAAGCACUCAAAGAAAAUGGGAAUCUGAAGCUCAAGUCUGGUAAAGCUGAAAAUGGUAAUUCAGAAGAAGAGAAUGCUGUGCCCCAGUCUCAUGAAGGGGGAAAUGCAGAUUUAGUCAAUGAACCAUCCUCAGCAGCUGAAGAAAAAGAGAAUGCUAUGCCCCAAUCUCCUAACAGGGGAAAUGCAGAUUUAGUCAAUGAACCAUCCUCAGCAACUGAAGAAAAAGAGAAUGCUAUGCCCCAGUCUCCUAAAAGGGGAAAUGCAGAUUUAGUCAAUGAACCAUCCUCAGCAGCUGAAGGAAAAGACAAUGCUAUGCCCCAAUCUCCUAAAAGGGGAAGUACAGAUUCAGAAGGGAAAAAUCUUCAGCCAGAUUUCAGGAAAGGUGGUAGAGAUGAUGAAUCAGAAAAAAACCACAAUAACAGAGGAAGACAAUCAGAAGGCUAUCGAAGGGGACAGGUAUUUGCCCUUUCUGUCGAGUAGUUUUCUUAAAUGAGCUAAUUUGGAGUGACAGGGUGUUUAUCUGACAACACAAUUAUUUGAAACUUGACCUGUAGAAGUUUGUAAUUGACCAUGCCAGCAACCAAUGAUACACUUGAAAGAGUUUUUUGUGCUAGAAAAUGUGUUACUUUUUUCUUUCUGCAGGAUAUUGACUCUCAAAAACUUCUAAUAAAAUGUCUUUGCAAAAUUGAUGAAAAUAUACACACUUACAUGAACAUGUAUUAGCUAGUAAAGCAGGAAGUUACAAAGUUUGCAAUCUUUCUUUUGCAUCAUAAUAAAAGUAUCAGAAGCAUCCCUGUAUGUUUAAUCCUUUCACUCUAGGAGUGUCCAAAAAUUAUUGUCCUGGCUAUAUCGACACUUUUUCAUAAAAAGAAAGGUGAUGAGAAGAAUUAAAAAAAUAUCAUCCAUAGGGUAUUGUUUGAUUUCACAUAAAAUUCUCAGUGUUUAAUUAAAAGAAAGGUAUGAAGGAUAGUGAAGAGGAUUUGUGUGAAUGUUGAGGUGAAUUUUGUUGCCUGCUGCAUUAUUUCUUAACCCUGACAAAAGUAACAUGAAUUUGACAUAGUUGUGUCUCUGUCACCAAUACAGGAGGACCGUGAGGAUAGCCUGGGUUUUCGUCCUGAAGAUUACGCAAAGAAGGG